AUGCAUUCAGCAGGUUAUUUCUACAUAAUUAUCUGGUUUCUAAUUGCUAUUCUGGUUGGAUCUGAAUCAACUAGUUCAGACUCAUAUGCAAAAAGCUCACUUGAUUCCUUACUUCAGCAAUAUGCUUUCAGGGAAUUGAGCUGGCAAAGAACAAGGACUGGUGUUCCUUAUGAUGCAUAUGUUCCUUCCAACUUAACAGGGAUUAAAAUUUCAGCCUUGAUGCUUACAAGAUACAGCUUAAAAUGGAGAGUCUAUGGCUGGUUUAAAGAAUUCGUUAUCCCAUCUGGGAUCGUAGAGGAUCCUUAUGUAAGGAAACUUGUUCUGGUUUACCAAAACUUGGCUAAUUGGUCAUCCUUUUAUUAUCCUUUACCUGGUUACACUUAUUUGACACCAGUUUUGGGAAUUUUGGCUUAUGAUGCUUAUGAUUUGUAUGCCAAAAAUCUUCCAGAAUUGGAUAUACUAGCGUUGGAAGAUCCUAUCACCAUCAGGUUUCCUUAUGUGCAGCCAGCACCAGAAGGGUCUUUGCCUAAGUGUGUUUAUUUCUAUUUGAAUAAUUGGGUUGAAUUUGGUGAUGUUAUAGAUGGAAAUAUUUGCGAAACCAGAAUACAAGGCCAUUUUUCUAUAGUUACUGAGGUGAAAGUUGCUCCAAGUCCUUCUCCUGCUGCUUAUGAAAUUGCUCCGAGUCCUUCUCCAACUGCUGAUGAAAAUAAUCAUCAAAAGAUCAACUCUAAAAUGUGGAGGAUUUCAAUGGUAUUUCUAGUAUUUGCCAUCUCGGGAAUAUUAAUUGUUCUUGUAAGAAAGUGUGGAUUAUUGGAAAUAAGACAGAGGCUGGAUGAUUCAGCAGCAAUUGUUGAGCCAUUGUUAGUGAACACAGAGGUGCCAUUGCCAGUGGAAGCUCCAACUAGACCGUUGCCGGAGAACGACUAUGUGCUUUAA